GCGAGAUCAAAAGUCUCAUUCUAUCAUAAAUCGUCCAAAAUCUGCCAUGAAGAAGAUAAACCUUGCCUCAAAAGAACAAAAUUCUAUCCAGACUUUCAAAUAAAGACUUGCUAGAAACAAGCUCAAGGAGAGUAGCUCUACCUCCAAAGCCAGACUUGUCCGAUGAAAAACAGUUUACUAAAAUAGCUAAAUUCUGUAAUUUUCAUAAAAAGAUCUUUGAUCUGACAAGUCUUGAAAAUGGGCAAGGAAAGUCUCCGUCAAACUCAGGACACAAGUAUUCUAGGCGAAAGAUGCUUAACAAGAAUCCCAACUGCAACCACAAUAGUAAUAACAUCUUCUACCAACCGUGCUUUAACAUCAAGUUCGAUGACAAAGCUCAGAAAAAGGAAGAGGCUUUAAAGAAGUAUUUUUUCCCAGAAUCUGAUAAAGCUGAGCCCAAAAUACCCAAGGACCUCAACUUUGUCGAAGAAAUGAUCAGAUUCAUGAAGACAAAAGGAACCCAAAAUUUUAUCAACUUUCUAAAGGAGGAUGUAAGGCAUGAGUUCAAAAGAAUCUCUAAAAAUCCUGACCUGCCCAUUUGGACAGAUGAGAAACCUUCUUUAGACCUGUCUGGAUGAAUCAGACGGAAGAAAUCGGCUGAUAUAAAUACCACUCCUUCACCUCUGAGUAAAAUGGCAAUCGCUAACAAGACUUAUUUCUUAAUGCUACUAAUUGAGCGGAGAAUUACAGGAAAUAAUUUGAUAAAAACUUUAGAGACCUUCCAGUAUUAUACGCCUCAGAGAUAUGAUGAAAGCUGAUCUUUAUGAAAAUGGAUAGAUAUCUCAAUUUCCGAAGGAUCCAAGGUUUGAAAUGAUCCAGAGUUUCCCUUCUUCAAAUAAAUUUCAGAUUGUUCAAAACGAGUCAUCCAAAUUAAAACGAAAUUUGGCAAAAAGCUAUAAGUAUCAGCCAAAAUUGAGCUUCCUUAGUCAUGGAGAGCAACCUGUCUUCAAUAGAGUCCUAGGAUGCUCAAAAAUUAGCAACUCAAGCAAGACCCCAAUAGUUAAGCAGAAGAAAUAAAUCCAUCCAAGUUCCAAUCUGGAAGCAGAAGCCUCCUGAGGGUAAAGACAAGGCAGAAUGGAAGGAGAAAGCAUACCGAAAAUACUUAGAACACAUCUGAGAAACUAAUGGAGUUGCUAUAACUAAAUAACAACACUCUCAAUGCCAAACAAAAGCACUGCCAACAGCAGUUUAAGUACUUCGUUGGUCACGGGAAUAAUUCAAAAUUGGUCCAGAAAGCCCUGAAGAAACGAUUUUGGUGGGUUGCGGGCUCACGAGAAGAAUGGCAAGGUUUCAAUUUUAUAUGGACUCAAUGGCGAAGAAACUUUAUUAUAAAAACCUUACAGUUAGAAGACAACCUUCAACCUGAUAGCGAUGAUUUAACCACAUGUCUGACAGAUAAAGCCCACAACGAUAACUGUUCAGAUUUUGAUCAAGAAGAAUCAGAAUGUUUUGUUGAAAAGAAGUCAAACCCUUGCAAUGAAGAAGACUCUAAACAGGAACUAAAUGUAAGUAGACCAAGACCUACAAACGUGCUGACCCAAAUUGAAACCUCAAGUCUUCAUGAGGAUACAAUCUACAACCAUUUAGAAGGAAACUUCCACUUGUCCAACAAAAAGGCUUUAUUCUACAACAUGAAAGCUCUUUGAGACUGGAAUGAAGAGGAUGUUUUUGAGUACUUACCGGUGACAUUCCAUAUUAAAGAAGGCCUCUUUGAUGCAGAAUUUUCUAAAUUUGAACAAUAUUAUCAUUCACUUCAAGACAAACUUAAGGACUCUAAGCGUAAAUACCACAAUACAUGGAUAAUCAAACCUGGCGAAAACACUAAUCGAGGUUGUGGAAUUCAGUACUGUACAGAUUUUGAAGAUAUAAAAAGAAUUAUCGGGAAGAAAGUCUGCUUCCCUUCAACUGGAAGUACCAGAUCCUACAUAAUCCAGAAGUAUCUAGACAACCCUUUCCUGUACAAUAAGCGGAAAUUUGAUAUCCGAUGAUUUAUCUUGAUUACUUCGUACAACGGAAACAUUCAGGCUUACUGGGCUAAAGAUGGUUACAUGAGAACAGCAUCAAGAGAAUUUUCAAUUACGAACCGCUCUAAGUACAUUCAUCUCACUAAUGAUGCCAUCCAGAAGCACUGAGACGAUUACUCAAAAUAUGAAAAUGGAAAUAAACUAUCUUACUAUAACUUUCAAAAAUAUCUUGAUAAGAAUCAUCCACAUUUAAAAUGAGAUUUUCAGAAAGAUAUAGUCCCUAAGCUGAAAAAGAUCACUCUUAAAGGGGUUGAAAGUGUUUACAAAGGGUUAAACCCAAAGAAAAGGAAGCACAUGUUUGAGAUCUUUGGGCUUGAUUUUAUCUUGGAUGACAAAUUGAAGCCAUUCUUGUUGGAAAUGAACACUAACCCAUGCUUGGAACUUUCUUCAACAUAUCUAUCCUAUCUAAUUCCGCAUAUUAUCGAAAGUGCUAUACAAGUAGCUGUGGAUCCGUUCUUUCAACCUGAAAUUUGGCCUAAAUCUAAACGGCAUCUGAUACCAGAGCCUACAGAAACUUUUGAACUAAUCUUCAACGAGCGGACAGAUGGUCACAAAUUCAAAAAGUUCCAAGGGCCUAAACCUGGAAACUUUGAAGUAAUUGAGGAAGAAGAUGUAUAGCC